AUGAACGGGGCAGUCGAUGGCCAAAAUGGCCACCUUCAGAAGCGAUUUUCCAAGAUCACGAUGGUCGGGAUGGCGUUUGCGAUCCUGAACACAUGGAUUUCUCUAGCUGGGUCGAUUGGCCUCGUUAUGCCCUCCGGAGGAUCAGUAUCCUUCGUCUAUGGGUUCAUAUUCUGCGUUCUUUGCAACAUUGCUUUGAGCGCUAGCGUUGGAGAACUUGCGUCACUCUACCCAACAGCAGGAGGCCAGUAUCAUUACGCUUAUGCGUUGUCCACUCAAAAAUGGAAAAAGUCAAUGAGCUUCUUUGUUGGAUGGGUCAAUAUCGCUGGCUGGCUUACUCUCAACACGACAGCUGCUUAUUUUGGAGCUCGAUUUCUUGCUGCUGCGGCUGUUGUAGGUUCAGGCGGCACAUAUCAGAUCACCCAAUGGAGUACUUACUUGAUGUUUGUGGCGGUAUCAAUCAUUGGGGUAUUUCUCAACAUCUUCGGCUACCCCAUACUGAAUCGAUGGAACGAAGGAGCUUUGUACUGGUCGUUGCUCAGUGUUGUGGUGAUUAGCAUUGUGCUUCUAGCGACAUCGCCGAAGACAAGUGCCGAGUACGUUUUUACCAACUUCUCCAACACGACCGGCUGGAGUGAUGGAACUGCCUGGAUGUUGGGUCUUCUUCAAUCCGCCCUUAGUCUCAUAGGAUUCGACGCAGUAGCCCAUAUGACAGAAGAAAUGCCGAAUCCAUCCAAGGAUGCACCUCAGGCAAUGGUUGGCGCAGUGCUAGUUGGUGGAACCACUGGUAUUGCCUUCAUACUUGUCAUGCUUUUCUGCGCAGUUGACAUUGAUGUUCUUCUCGCAUCGCCCACUCAGAGCCCUCUCACGGAGAUGAUCUCACAGGCCACUGGCAACAAGGCCGCCGCGACAACUCUGAGCGUCGCUGUCGCCCUAUGCUUCGUCAAUGGAGCCAAUGGCUGCGUUACAUCUGGAAGUCGUCUGGUUUGGGCCAUGGCUCGGGAUAACGGCACCCCGUUUUCAAGAUACUUAUCAUAUCUUCAUCCAAGGCUCAACGUCCCCGUCCGAGCCAUUCUUGUCCAGGCUGUCUUUAACCUUUUGUUUGGCCUACUCUACCUUGGCCCGGAGGUCGCCUUCAAUGCCUACAUCGCAAGCUGCACCUUGUUUCUCAACUUGUCGUACGCUUUGCCGGUCAUGAUCCUUCUCAUCAGGGGCCGCCAUGUUGUCGCAGCGAACCCUCCAGAGUUCUACCUCGGUAAAGGGCUAUUUGGCUAUGUUACCAACUGGGUUUCAGUCCUCUUCGUGCUUGUCACUUCUGUUUUCUUUUGCUUCCCGCCAGCAAUUCCCAUCGACAUCUCUACGAUGAACUACGUUACUGCUGUCAUUGGAGUUUUCAUUGUUUUUGCUGUGGGGUUGUGGUUUGUGAAGAAGAAGGCCUACAAUGGUCCCAAAUUUGAUCUCAUUCUCGGGGAGGACUUGCCAAUCGCCAAUUUGACUGUACAUGGGGACAAAGUCUCGAAAGGAGCCGAGUUGGAUGCUCAAGACAGGGAAUGA